AUGGAUGAGAAUAACUCAAAUGAGGCCUUCAACACGAACGGUGAUUCGAAACUAACAAGUUCAGCCAUUUUGGAUGACUCCCAGAAAUGGUUGCCAUUGGAAAUUCGAUCGAAUGUGAACGAUCUUCGUCUGUCUGGCGACGUUGAACAUCGAGGAAUAUUUUCACCAUAUUUGAUGAAGUCAUUGAAGAUCUCAAAUGAACUACCACAACUUGCACCACAAACCGAAAUUGAUCUAAUCUCAAGGCAACGAAGAGGUCGAUCUCGUGAAUUGUUUGGUUAG